AUGGGAAUCAGUUCAGGUGUGCCAGUCCAGGUGCUGAGGUUCUGCCGCCGUCACCUGGCUCUGUUGCCUGGAUACCAGUCCUGGCUCCGCCCCCCCGGGUCCUGGCUCCGCCCCCCCGCCAGGUGCUUCUCCUCGGCCCCCCCGGCCCGGCGGCGGCUGGUCCUGAAGGUUCUGCUGGGUCUCGGUGUCGCCGCCCCAGCGGCGGCGGGAGUUCGAUACUCGCUGGCCGACGCCCGAGAGAGGAGGAAGAUCCGGGUCGUCACCGAGGGAAUCGCUCGAUUCUGCAGGUCUCUGUCUGUGGGGCUGCUCAUCUCCGUGGAUUACUGGUGGACCAGCAACGUGGCCCUGAGGGGCCUGGAUGAGAGCAGCCCCGGCUACGCCACACUUCUGUCCUCCUGCCACCAGAGGGCAGCAGAGCGGAUGGUGGAGGGGGCCGUGCUGAACGGGGGCCUGUACGUGAAACUGGGCCAGGGCCUGUGCUCCUUCAACCACCUGCUGCCCCCCGAGUUCACCCGGACCCUGGGGGCCCUGGAGGACCGGGCCCUGGGGGGCCCUAACGAGGUGGACCAGCUGUUCCUGGAGGACUUCAGCAGAACUCCAGACCAGAUGUUCAGGAACUUCAACUACCAACCCGUGGCUGCAGCCAGUCUGGCUCAGGUUCACCAGGCCCAGCUGGAGGACGGGACCCCGGUGGCCGUCAAGGUCCAGUACAUCGACCUCAGGGACCGGUUUGACGGGGACAUCAGGACCUUGGAGAUCCUGCUGGACAUCGUCAAGUGGAUGCACCCCAGUUUUGGAUUCCGCUGGGUCCUCAAGGACCUGAAGGGGACUCUGGCCCAGGAGCUGGACUUUGAGAACGAGGCCCGGAACUCUGAACGCUGCGCUGAAGAGCUGAAGCAGCUCCGGUUCGUGGUGGUUCCCAAGGUGUUCUGGGAGCAGACCAGCAAGAGAGUCCUGACUGCAGAGUUCUGCUCCGGCUGCAAGAUCAACGACGUGGAGGAAAUGAAGAGACAAGGAAUCAGCCUGAAGGACGCUGCAGACAAACUCAUCAGAACGUUUGCAGAGCAGAUCUUCUACACCGGCUUCAUCCACGCUGACCCUCACCCUGGAAACGUUCUGGUCCGACCAGGACCCGACAGAACGGCUGAGCUGGUUCUGCUGGACCACGGACUCUACGAAUUCCUGCCCCCACACCACAGGGAGGCGCUGUGUCAGCUGUGGAGGGCCGUGAUCCUGAGAGACGAGGAGGCCAUGAAGAAGAACGCCGCCGCGCUGGGGGUCAAAGAGCACCUGCUGUUCUGCGAGAUGCUGCUGCAGCGACCCGUCAGCCUGCGGUUCCCGGGCCUGGCCGACGUGCUGACCCGGGAGGAGACGGCCUACAUGCGUAGCAUGGCGGUUAGCCGCUUCGCUAGCGUGAUGCAGGUGCUGCGCUGCAUGCCCCGCCCCCUCCUGCUGGUGCUGCGGAACAUCAACACGGUCCGGGCCAUCAACACGGCGCUGGGGGGCCCGGUGGACCGGCACUGCGUCAUGGCCAAGAGUGCGGUUCGGGGCUGGGGGAAGAUCCAGGCCCAGAAGGGGGUUCUGACCCGGUUCUGGAUCCUGCGCUGGUUCCGGUCGGCCUGGGAGAGCCUGAAGUUCGAGCUGGCGCUGAGGUCCGACAUGGUGCUGAUGGUUCUGACCCGGAAGCUGCUGCAGCUGCUGCAGGUUCUGGGUCUGGUGGAGCUGGACCCGGAGGUGGCCCAGUACCUGAGCUAGCAGAACCAGAACCAGAACCAGAAC